CCCCAUUGAUAGAUACACAUAUUUAGGUCUUUCUCAUUCUCUCUCUCUUUAUUUUUUUGGGGCUUUUUUUUUUCUCUCUCUCCUCUCUCUUUCUCUUUCAUAGGUUUUUUUUCCCUCUUUCUCUCUCCUCCGUCUUUUCUCUCAGGUUUCUCUCUCCUCUCUCUUUCUCUGUCCAGAAAGGGCAAAACCCUAAAGAACCGUUUACACCCCAACUUCAUGGAUGACGAUGCAUUGAAUAUGCGAAAUUGGGGUUACUAUGAGCCGUCCUUUAAAGGACAUCUUGGUCUGCAGCUCAUGUCUAGCAUAGCUGAGCGGGACACAAAGUCUUUUAUUCCUGGGCGUGAUCCCAAUCUCAUGGUUACUCCCAAUGCUGCAUUUCACCCACGGGACUGUGUUGUUUCAGAGGCACCUAUUCCCAUGAAUUAUGUUAGGGAUAGUUGGAUUAGCCAGAGAGAAAAGUUUUUCAACAUGUUACCAGGCACCGCCCCUAAUUAUGGCAUUCUUCCGGAAGCUUCGGCACCUCAUUCAUUGCCAAUCUUGCAGCCACCACCUGAUUCUUCAUCAAGAGAUGAGAGGCUGGUGGGUAGGGUUGAAGAGCCACCACCUAAUAAGGAAGUUGUUCAACAGAAGAAAAGGCAGGGUGGGGCUGCCACAAAGACGCCAAAGGCCAAAAAGCCUAGGAAGCCAAAGGAUAAUACAAAUUCUACCGUUCAACGUGUGAAGCCAGCAAAGAAGAGUAUGGACAUUAAAAUAAAUGGGUAUGACAUGGAUAUUUCUGGCAUUCCAAUUCCAGUUUGCUCAUGCACGGGAGCCCCUCAGCAAUGUUAUCGAUGGGGCUGUGGUGGUUGGCAGUCUGCUUGUUGCACCACAAAUGUAUCCAUGUAUCCUUUGCCAAUGAGCACCAAAAGGCGUGGUGCGAGGAUAGCUGGGCGGAAAAUGAGUCAGGGUGCAUUCAAGAAGGUCCUGGAAAAACUUGCAGCUGAAAAUUAUAACUUCAGUAACCCAAUUGAUUUGAGGACUCAUUGGGCUAGACAUGGUACCAACAAGUUUGUCACUAUCAGGUAGAUUUAAUUUGGUGGUAAUGAUAGUGCCAUAGCGGGACUCCAUCACUUAAGGUCUGCUUCACCUGUAUAUAUUUCUGUGGCCUUCUGUGGGGAUCUUUGAUGCCUUGUAGUUCAUGAAUUUUCACAGUCAUGAUAAUGUUUUAAAAUUUGAACGCCGUGGUCUUUCUAUCUUUUUAGUUUUUCAUUUAUGCUUGUGCGUUAAGAACAUCUGUUUAUUCUAGUUACCGAUCUUAAGUUGUGGAUGAGUUUUUAUUUGUUGGAUCCUGUUGGAUAAUCUCCUUUCAUCCACUUGACAAGUGUUAUUAAAGACUGGCAGCUGAAUGCUGCUUUCCUGGCUAUCUUUUAACUGACAUCAAUGACAUUUUAUUUAUUCAAUUUGUUAUUUUAAACUUCUGGAUGAUUAUUAAGUAGUAAAUAUGAUCAUAUCUUCUGUUUUCUUUGCCUAAUUGCAUAAAUGAAUCUGUUUUUAUUAAAUCCUUUCAUUUUUUUUUUGGAGAAUAUGGUGGGGGUGGGGAUUGGGUUUAAUAAUUUCCUUAGAGAACAAAGUCUGAGGUCUAAAAUUCAUAGUCUUGUCCCCUUUUACUGAACAUAAAUCGAUGCAAGUGCUGCAUUUUGAUGAUACUCAUGUUAUGUCAAAGAUGAAAGUUUGUUAAAACUUAGAAGUUGAUUACAUCUAUGCUGAUUCAUGUUCGCUAAUCUUUAUUGCGUAGAUUUUAUAAUAAUUACUUUCUAGUUUUGCAUUCAUUAAGUUAUACUAGAGUACCAAAUAGCUAUAAAAUAGCUAUACCAUGGAUUAGAUCGAUCAAACUUCUCUUUUGCAACUCUUCCAAACGCUCCUUGGGAAAGAGAGGCAUACUGUUGCAAUACCUAAGAAAAUGUUGGCUGAGAUCAAGAACUAAUCUUCUCCUUUCUUAAGCAACUGAAAGUUAAAACUUGUAAGCUGUUCUUUACAAUGUUUAACAUAUUUUAUUGGACCAUUCUGUUCGCUACGAUUUGUGUAAACUUUGUUUCCAAAUUAUCUUAUUAUUUUUUAAUAGCUUUGUAUAGAUUUGUGUAAAAUGUCUCCAAACUUUGUGUAAACUAACAUUGUCCUAAAGAUCUAUAUGACACAUUGCUAUUCUUUUAGUUAUUGUUGUAUGGGUUUUGCUUAGUAAUGUGUGCAAUUUGCUGAUCAAGGUGGUUUGUUGUCAUAUGAGUGCUGUGUUAAGGAUAGAUUUUGUUUGUUCUUUUGUUCAGUGUUGUUUUAUUUAUUAUAAAAUCCAUUAGCAUAUGGUUAGCACUGUAAAGGAAAGAUUUCAUAUUUUAUCUGUUUGCUUCUUUCCUCCCAUCCCUGCUAAAGUUUGG